UGCGGUGCUUUGAGAAGUAAACAAUAAAAAGCAACAGCGCUGUCAAAACUUCAUUCAUUUCAUUGUCAUCGUUUAGCGAUCACCAACAAAGUUUCAUUACAAUCUUUGCUGCCGUCUUCAGUUUUGUGGAUUAUUUAUAUUGUUCCUGCUCCUCUUUCCCUCACAAAGGAUUAAUUCAUUCAUUCAAAUGGCUGCUCAACAAAAAAUUAUCUGCGCUGUUGUUGUCAUGUGCUUCAUGGCCAACGCUGUCCUCUGUCAACAAACCACCGACAAUGACAACGCUGAUGUUAGCGAGUCUCGCACAUUUGGCCACCACUUCUUGAAACGUAUGAGUUUUGCUGUAGUUCCUGGAGCAUUCGUUGUUGGUGUUAUUACCACCUUGUUGGCUGCCUUGACCGUUGUCUCCAUGAAGGGUUUGGGCGUUGGUGUCAUCCUUUUGGUUUUGGCUAUAGGUCAAAUGUUGUCUCGUGCUUUGCCCCAAGUACAUGCUGCUGCCUACACUGCUGCUCCAGCUCCCGUACCAGUAGUCUACUCUCACAGUCACACCCAACAACCCGUCUGGUUAGAAAAAGAAUGGUAAAGAUCACUUCUCCCAUAAGAUUCUUUCUCAUACCUCCCUCGAUUAAUACUCGUUGUAUAAAUUGAAAUUUCAUCUGGUCGAAUGGGGAUCAGUCGAUUUUUUUAUUUAUGUAUAAGAAAAAUAAUGUACUUGAAACAGUCUACCAAAAACUAAGUUAAGUUAGUCAUCUAGUUAUUUAAUUUUCCUCAAGUAUUUAUGUAUUUAUUUAUUAAUUUAUUUAUUUGUAAUUUAUUUAUUUAUUUUAAACAAAACUGAAGCGUCACGAAAU